UCAACAAUUUAUGGACUUGUAAAUUGAAUUUUAACAUACCCCCCACCGUGAGGUGCUAAAGGAACGCUAUCAUGACAUCAUUAAAACCAACAGUCGUCUGUGCGUGACUAGAAUACGCUUAGUCGUUUAAAAUCAUAGCGAAAGUUUUCGUUGAGAUACUGGGAAUUUUGAUCCAUCUUCGCGUCCGUGAUGCGGAAAGGAAGCCUGUUAUGGCAAUUCGCUGGGUGGACUCUCGUAAUUUUGGCCCUUCACGAGGUCAGAUCGCAGACGAGUAAUACCAUAAUGACAGCGCCAAUGAAUGUCAUGACAACUAGCACAGCAACAACGAAUAGCACUAAAAUUAUUGAAGAACCAAUGAUAACUGUCAUGACAUCAACCACAGCACCAAUAAUGACUAUCAUGACAUCAACCACAGCACCAAUGGCUGGCACGAUAACCACCACAGCACUAACGUCAAGCUCCACAGCCAUUAAAGGACCACUGUCUAGCUUCACAGCUACCGGUACCAAAACAUCAAAACCUAACGUUCCAACUUCCAAAGUCAACGCACCAACGCCUGGCUUUACAUCUACAAAAGGACCACUGCCUAGUUUCACUGCUACCGAAACAUCAAUACCUAACAAUUCAACUCCUAAGGUCAACGCUUCAAUUACCACCGCAAAUUCAACUACAAAAGCACCAAUGCCAAGCUUUACAUCUACCAAAGGACCACUGCCUAGCUUCACAGCUACCAAAACAUCAAUACUUAACGUUUCAACUUCCAAAGUCAACGCAUCAAUACCUGACGUUCCAACUUUCAAAGCAAACGCAUCAAUUACCAACGCUUCAACUACCAAAGCACCAACGCCUAGCUCUACAUCUACCAAAGACACAAGUAAUACCACUAUGACUACCAAAGCACCAACCUCUGUCACAUUAACACCGAAAGCAACAACGACUAUCACUCCAACUAUCAAAGCAACAACGACUGUCACUCCAACUAUCAAAGCACCUUCAGCGGGUCCAAAUAUAUCAAAUAUUACUGAAGUUACGAACAGCUCGAUGAUUGUGCACUGGAAGGAGUUAAGUGCCAAGGAUGCAAAUGGACCAAUUACUGGCUAUGAAGUUUGUUAUGAAGUUUCAGAUUCAGAUUCACCAAACGUUAUUGACUGUAAAUUAAAUAACAAACCAGUCAAUGGUAGUAAUAACACAAUGGCUAAGUUGGAUGGACUAAUCGGAGGAACCACCUAUUAUGUCGCUGUUAGAGCUUCAACAUCAGCGGGUUUUGGACCUCUUGGCAAAAACACGACGGAAAAAACACUUGUUGGCAAACCUUCAGCGGGUCCAAUUAUAUCAAAUAUUACUGGAGUUACGAACAGGUCGAUGAUGGUGCACUGGAAGGAGUUAAGUGCCAAGAAUGCAAAUGGACCAAUUACUGGCUAUGAAGUUUGUUAUGAAGUUUCAGGUUCAUCACCAAACGUUAUUGACUGUAAAUUAAAUAACAAAGCAGUCAAUGGUAGUAAUAACACAAUGGCUAAGUUGAAUGGACUAAUCGGAGGAACCACCUAUUAUGUCGCUGUUAGAGCUUCAACAUUAGCGGGUUUUGGACCUCUUGGCAAAAACACGACGGAAAAAACACUUGUUGGCAAACCUUCAGCGGGUCCAAUUAUAUCAAAUAUUACUGGAGUUACGUACAGAUCGAUGAUGGUGCACUGGAAGGAGUUAAGUGCCAAGGAUGCAAAUGGACCAAUUACUGGCUAUGAAGUUUGUUAUCAAGUUUUAGAUUCAUCACCAAAGGUUAUUGACUGUAAAUUAAAUAAAAAAACAGUCAGUGGUGGUAAUAACACAAUGGCUAAGUUGGAUGGACUAAUCGGAGGAACCACCUAUAAUGUCGCUGUUAGAGCUUCAACAUCAGAAGGUUUUGGACCUCUUGGCAAAAAAACGACGGAAAAAACACUUGUUGGCACACCUUCAGCGGGUCCAAAUAUAUCAAAUAUUAAUGGAGUUACGAACAGCUCGAUGAUAGUGCACUGGAACGAGUUGAGUGCUAAGGACGCAAAUGGAACAAUUACUGGCUAUGAAGUUUGUUAUGAAGUUUCAGAUUCAUCACCAAAAGUUAUUGACUGUAAAUUAAAUAACAAAACAGUCAGUGGUGGUAAUAACAGAAUGGCUAAGUUGGAUGGACUAAUCGGAGGAACCAUUUAUAAUGUCGCUGUUAGAGCUUCAACAUCAGAAGGUUUUGGACCUCUUGGCGAAAACAUGACGGAAAAAACACUUGUUGGCACACCUACAGCGGGUCCAGCUAUAAUAAACAUUACUGAAGUUACAGAAACCUCGAUGAAAGUGCACUGGAACAAGUUAAGCCCCGAAGUUACAAAUGGAAAAAUUGAAAGCUACGAAGUUUGUUAUAAAGCUUCGAAAUUUUCAUCCGAUAUUGAUUGCGACAAAAAGAGAUUGUUCAAAGGUAGUGAUAACAGAACAAAUGUAUUGGAUGGACUAUAUAAAGGGACCACGUAUAAUGUCGCUGUUAAAGCUUCGACAUCAGCGGGAUUCGGGCCUUUAGGAAACAUCACGACGAAUAAGACACUUGAUGCCAAACCUUCAGCGGGCCCAAAUAUUUUAAAAAAUACUAAAGUCACGAACAAAACAAUGACAGUCUCCUGGGACAAGUUAGGCAUAGAAGAUGCAAAUGGGGAAAUUACGGCUUACGCAGUUUGUUACAAAGCUUCGGAAAAUUCAUCGGACAUUGAUUGCAAAGAGAACCGUACGGUAAAUAAUAGUACUACAAGAACGGUUGUGUUGCAGGGACUUAAUGAAGGAACCAACUAUAAUGUCGCUGUAAAAGCUUCAACGUCAAAAGGAUUUGGACCUCUUGGAAAUAUUGUGACUAAAAAAACAUUGGACGCUGUACCUUCAGCCGGACCAAAGAUUUCAGGAGUUGCUAAUGUGACAGCCACUAAAAUAAUAGUAAAUUGGACAAUGUUAAAACCAGAAGAUGCAAAUGGAGUAGUUACUAAAUACCAAGUUUGUUAUUCACAAGACACAAGGAUUUUUGAUUGCACUUUCAAUAAAUCGGUUGAUGGCAAUAUCACGACGGUAAUGUUGGAUGAACUUAAUGAGGCAACACAUUAUUAUAUAGCUGUUAAAGCGGCAACGUCAGCUGGGUUUGGACGUCUUGGGACCAUGAUAACCAUAAAGACUCGUGAAGCUGUUCCUGCGAUAGGUCCUGCUGUCAAGAGUAUUUCGAAUAUAGAUUCAACAUCUAUCAAUAUUAUGUGGCAAACAUUGACCGAAAACCAGGCAAAUGGUAUCAUUAGGAAGUAUGCCAUUUGCUACAAAGUUCAAAGUUCUUCUGAUCAUAUCUGUUCUUGGAAUAAGACAGUUGGCAGUGUUCUCAGUACAAACGUGACAGGUUUAACCGCAUACACUUCGUAUGAAUUAGCCAUCAGAGCUGCUACGAAUGUUGGAUUCGGGGAAAUUGGAAACACGACCAUUCAUAAAACAGAACAAGAUAAACCUGGCAAGCCGACCAAAUUAUCAGCAAACGCCAGCUUUUCGGAAAUAACAUGUGGAUGGUCCAAACCAAAUAUCAACACUGGACCACUAACAAAAUACAGAGUGCGCUGGAAGUUGAAAGAUACUAUCCUGGGUGACGGCAAUAUCUCAAACAGCACUUUACAGUUUUUAAUUAAACCCCUUAAACCUGGAACUAAGUAUACUAUAUUAGUUUCGGCCUUUACGAUGAAGGGCGAAGGUCUUGCAGACUCAGUAGAAGAAGAGACAUUGAAAAGUGAGGUCAAUGGUAUUAACCUUGGUGGAACGCAGAGCGGCACCGUUAAGGAUGCAAAGACACAGAUAGGAUUCAUGUUGCCGACGCUGGCUACUACAGAAAUAAAUGAAAUAAAGUUUGUCCAGGUGAUUGUGAAACGCUGGCUGCCAACUGAUAAAGGAAGUAAUGACGGGAAAAAAAAUCUUCUUGAAAUAUCCCAAAGCAAGUUAACACCUUACGGCAAUUCAAGUGACGGCGAAAGGCCAUACAUAGCUCUUGAAUAUCCCAAAUACGAAAACAAACGUCAGGUCAUUGUUGGGGAUGAUACCUCAAGCCGAAGGAAACGGAGAAGUGACGUUACAUAUCGUAAUGCUCCUCUUAAGGACGGCACAGAAUAUGCAAUUUUCGUGCGGGUUUUCUACGACGAUGAACACAAAUUUUUCCAAAACUCCGAAUUAUUGUUGAAAGAAACAAUCGCAAAAGAAACGACAAGCGAAGGUCCUGAUGCUGCUGUUAUCGCCGUGGUGGUUGUGGUGGUCAUUGUUGCCUUACUUGUCGUAGUUUUUGGUUUUUUGCUCUUAAGAAGACGCAAAGCUCGAUCCGACUAUAACGGCAUACAUCUUGAACCUACCGCUAAACCUUUUGUACGUUACGCCAUCCCGAUUGCCGAUUUCCGUGAACACUGUGACCGCCUGGGAAUGAAUACUGGCCUAGGAUAUCAAGAGGAGUAUGAGAAUGUUCGACCUAAAGGACCAGUUUCAACCGAAAUUGCAAAGCGCGACGAAAAUCUAGAUAAAAAUCGUUAUAACAACAUCCACGCAUAUGAUGAUUCCCGUGUAAUUCUGUCACAGAUCGAUGGUGAAGAAGGUUCAGAUUAUAUAAAUGCAAAUCACAUCGAUGGUUUCGAGCGCAAGAACCAGUUCAUUGCAGCACAAGGCACCUUGAAGAAUACGAUCGUAGAUUUCUGGAGGAUGAUUUGGGAGCAGAAGGUUUCCUCUAUUGUGAUGUUAGCAAAUCCGAUAGAGAAGGGCAGGGAAAAACUUGCUGUUUACUGGCCGCAAGACCGUGCAGUGAAACAUGGCCCAUUUAUGAUUAAGCUCGAUGGGGAAGUAGAACUGGCUGAUUACGUCAUUCGUAAAAUGACAGUCACAAUGGAUGACGUUAAAGAGACGCGACAACUGACUCAAUUCCACUAUACUGUAUGGCCUGAUCACGGUGUACCUCAGUACACAACGUCUUUGCAAGCAUUUUUAACCAGAAUACGAAAAUUUGUAAAAGCCGACAGCAAUCCCUUCGUUGUACAUUGCAGUGCCGGAGUGGGUCGCACUGGGACGUUCAUUGGAAUUUUCGCCAUGCUCGAUAUGAUUGAGGCUACCAAGACAGUGGAUAUUUACAAUUUUGUUUGUCAAAUGCGCACUCAAAGAACCCACAUGGUUCAAGUGGAGUCUCAGUACGUCUUUCUUCACAAAGCCGUACUUGAAGCAAUUGAGUGUGGCGAUACCGAGAUUAACGCACCUGAUCUUCGUGUCAAAAUGAUACAAUUGAAUCGUACAGAUCCAGAUAAUCCGGAUGAAACAAUGAUGGAAAAACAAUUUAAGGUGCUUGAAAAAUACACCUUUAUCAAGUCAAAUACAGAAGAAGGCAAGAAGCCUUUCAACGUGGAUAAAAACCGCAAUAAAUCCAUAAUUCCUUACGAAGACACCCGCGUUUCCCUCCUGAAGAGUCCUGGUGUCGAUGGCUCCGAUUACAUCAAUGCCAGUAGCAUUGACAGCUACCAAGUGCGAGGCAUGUAUAUUGCAACCCAGUUCCCAUUGGAAAAUACCGUCAACGAAUUCUGGAGGAUGAUUUGGGAAAAGAAGUCCAACUGCAUAGUAAUGUUGGCUAAUGUGGAUGAAGACCCGGAUGCUUUUAAGAAAUAUUGGACAGACAAAAGCAAUGACGCAAUGCUUUGCGGUAAUCUGCUUGUAACUUUGGAUAACGAAGAAAAGAGUGACGAGUACAUAACCAGAAAUUUCAAACUGAAGAAGAACGAAGGAGGAGAAACCAGAGACAUCUGGCACUUUAAUUUCCUUGCAUGGACAGAAGAGAAGAUGCCCAAGAAAACAGCUGGUGUUCGUCAAAUGAUUGGUAAAAUCCAAGAUGUGCAACGCCAAGGUGGCAACAACCCUAUCGUCGUUCACUGCAGCGAUGGUGGUGGUCGAACGGGUGCUUUCUGUGCACUAGUCACGUCUCUGGAAAGGGUUAAACAGGAUCAGUCAUUCAACCUUUUCCAAACGAUAAUGUUACAAAGAAUCCAGAGGCCGAAAAUGGUUACUUCCGUUGAGCAGUACAGGUUCUGUUUCCAAGCGAUUCUUGACUUCCUUGACUCGUUUGAUCAAUAUGCAAACUUCCAAGAUCUCCGGCAGUAAUUUGAAACCCACAAUAAAUAUGGUCACUAGUUAGAAACAUGAAAUUUGCACUGCAACAAUUUUAGUGCAUUCAACAACGCAUGAGUUUGAAUGUCCAUUCACCACAUGUUCUGGUAACUUUCUUGACAAACCUUUCUCUUUAAUCCUAAUCAUAUAAUCCGAUUUUAACAUUUUAACUUUGGGGCGCCCGAUAACGGUUGACAGAAAUCUAAUCUUCUAGGGAUGGUAGUAUUUUUGUUUGCAAACUCCACAUUUCGAUUUCAAUGUCGUAAAAACUGGAUUGUAGUUGUUAUUUCUGGAAACAAUCGAAACUGAAAAGAGGAAAUAUAUCAAAACAGUUAACAGAACACGUGUUUGGGGACAAGGCGGACGUACGAUACAACUCAUCUAUAUUAUCUUCCAUUUUUCGUUAUGAAUUGUAUCGUCGUUCUAUUAUGAAACGAGAGUCUAUCAAAAUAGACUGACUCGAAUUGAGGUCGGAAAUGCAUGUUAUAUCCCGAUAUGCAACACACAUAAUAAACUUACGUUAUUUAUGCAUGGUCUAACGAAGUUAUAACUAACCAUAUUCAUAUAAUCAAGCACUUAAGAUGUAUUUGGUGGUUUUUCAAAUGCUCGAAUUGACAAAGCAAAAUCUUUUAUCUUAAACGUGUUUAUCUUAUUUACCAUUUCACGAGGUAGUAUCUCUCUAAAACCUUCGUACAUCGCUGAGGAAUUACAAUACGGCUUCGAGAAUAUUUUCGGUCUCAAAUUUCGUGAUGAACCUUGUACGUUUUUCUUGGAGUAAUAACACCAUCGUACAGUACAGUAUAGUUUAGUUACUUUUAUUUUAGUGCAUGGCUAGUAUUUAAUUGAUUAAUCAAUUAACUAAUGGAUAAUUUUAAUGAAAUAAAUUUAUUUUGUAACAGUAAAUCCAUACUAUUAUCCGUAACUAACUAUCCGUACUAGGAUCCAUACUAUUUCCGUAAUAUGAAGUAAAAUCUUGAUGAAAUUUCAGCAUACGUACGC